ACCCCGAUAGAGACGUCACCUCUGUACGCAAAAUGUAUCAAGUCUUGAAGCGUAUCUCGAUCAUGACAAACAACGAUAUGAUAACGUGACAGCGCACAGAAGAGAAGAGACACCCAAUUCCAAGAGGCGAAAGAAUGUCGUCCGUUACUAGAGACUAUUUUUACACUGAAAACUAUUACGAUUACGCUGUUCAGCCUCACACAUUCGGCAACUAUACCGCUGUCUCUACCACACAUAUCCACCGGAACUCGUUGAUUCGCCUCGUUCUGACAAUUCUGCUGCGCAUCGGCUUUGUUCUCGUCCAGGUCGGCAGCGUGCCGAUCAACAACGUUAACCUGAUACUUCUUCAAAAUACGGUCGAUUUAUGUUGUGUCACCGUUAUGUACUUUCUAACGGGUUUCCUCGUUGCCUACAACGGCGACAUCGCCGGUCUGAUCGGCGCGGGUCAUUGGAUCGGUGAUCCAACGAUUGACAAGAAUGAGGCGAUCAUGGGAUGGCAGGCGGUGGCGAUCGCAUCGGCAAUUUGCACCACCGCGGUCGCAGGUCGGAUGCACAUAACAGGAUACCUCCUGGUGAGUAUCCUGUUGUCAGGCCUGAUUCAACCAUUACUCAUCCAUUGGGCGUGGAUGGGGUGGAUGGCGGAGAACGAAUUGGGUGGAAAAACGGUGGUCUUCAAAGACCAAACUGGUGCAGCAGUAAUCCACAUCGUCGGAGGACUCUCAGGCCUGAUCGGAUGCGUUGCUCUUGGCAGAAGAAUGUUUAGAAUAAAAGAUUUGGAUGACACCAGCAUCAUCCCCGGUUCCACGCAGAACGUUUUCAGAGGGCUAAUGUUGAUUUUCGCUGGGCUUCAAGGUUUGUGCACGAGCUCGCAUGAGCAUGACAAGUAUCGAAUGUUCGCACGGGAUUCAUCGCAGGCAUAUGUCAACAAUUUACUGGCCGCGUCCUCGUGCACAUUGAUAAUCGUGGCUCUACACUUCGUCCUCGACCGUAACACUUACGAUCAUUGGAUGUUAAUGAGAUGCAUUCAGGGAACGAUCGCCGGCGUGGUAACGAUAUCGGCUGCACCAAAUGAUUAUUCGCCGCAAAUAGCUAUCGUGUUGGGCUGUCUGGGAGGCAUUGUGUUCCAUCUCGUCACCACGUGGAUUUUUCACAGCACUUUGGAGGAUUAUUGCAACGUCGUAGCCAUACAUCUCAUUUGCGCGAUCCUUGGGAGUAUCCUUGCUCCCUUCUGCGCAAUGCGUACAGACGAGGAUACUAUAACGAUAUUAUUGAAUUUCUCCUGGCAAUUAAUCUCCUUGGCUGCAUUACUGGCCCUAGUUGGCACAGCAAUGCUGCUGAUCUUCGGUAUGCUGGAGUGCUGCGGAAUACUCCGUAAUAGAUCGGAAUGUCUGAAUCAUGUUCAGGGCAACGCUGCUGUCGACAAAGCUCCAUCAAGAUCGUUUCUGCAAAAACUUUUCUCUCCUAAUAGUGGUUGCCUUUACCUGAGCUCAACCUCCAGCAUGGAACAUCAUCCGAGCAUUGGUCCCAGAUUUUCGAAAUAUCAAGAAGAGAUAAAUAAGCUUGAAGAAGAAAGGUCUACCGUUAGGAACCAACCGGACGUGAAUGUCAAAAUUGAAGAUAACGUUACAAAAAUUUCAACACCGGGAGCAAGAAUGAAGAAAGUGAGACAAGUGCAUACUUUAUCUGGCAGUAUUCCGGCGUUAAUAGAAAAUAGAGGUGGUACCGGCGAAUCAAUUGGCAAGGAUCUUUCAGAAAUCGGAGGGAAAAGAUUUCCUGGAAAAGAGAAAUAUACUUUAGAUCCUAUUGAAGAAAUAGAUGAAGAGAUUGUAAAUGAAUUGGAAAUCGAGAAAAAUAGCGUCCAACUCAGUAUCGACGAUUAUCGGGAUGCUGGGGACAAAGAUCCAAUCUCGGAAUACUUUAACACGUCUGGAGAUCGGAAGAAUUUGAACGAAUCAAAUUAUCAGCUCCGAAGAACCAUAAAAUUUAUGAAUUUACAUCAUGAGUUUGUCAAAGAAGAUUUGAAAGUUGUGUUGGGACCAAAUCGCUUGGAUUCUUCAUCCAGCGAUUCAUGCGACGAUGAUACUAUCUUUGCAAAGACGUCGGACUUGAAUGAAUCCAUAGAUAUUGCAACAAACAAUGACUCAUUGACUUACAGCGCAAAUAUAUUAUAAGUAAUCACCCAUAACAACAGGUUUGAUUUAAGUCCGGAAAAGAUAUUCAUAUAUAUCGAAACAACGAAGUUACCAAAGAAGCUACAUCAAUUUCUUGGAACUGCAAGAUAUUACAAGAGGAAAAAGCUGGACUAUCUCUCUCUCUCUCUCUCUCUCUCUCUCUCUUUCUCUCUCUCUCUCUCUCUCAUUAUCGUAUAUCUAAAUUAUUUUAAUAUAAUCAUUCUAAAAUCAUUUCAGUUCUAAGAUGUUGAUGCAUAUAAAAUAGCAAGA